AGCAAAGAGCAGCCUGUCUUGGACCACCAGAAUACUUCCUGUUUCUAUGAGGUCCUGCAAGCUCCGAGUAGCUGCAGUGUAGUGGGGGAGAAGGGAUGGCGGAGAAGAGCCCUGACCUUAGCGGCUCAGUUGGACGGAGGUGUCCAGCCCCGUCUGCAGGAGAAAUAACGCAUUCACCUGGAAUUGGAGCAUCCAAAUGGGUUCGUCUGAAUGUUGGUGGAACGUACUUCCUCACCACGAGACAAACGCUGUGUAGAGACCCCAAAUCGUUCUUGUAUCGACUGUGCCAGGCAGACCCCGACCUCGACUCUGACAAGGAUGAGACAGGUGCAUAUUUAAUAGACAGAGACCCAACUUACUUCGGUCCAGUGCUCAACUAUCUAAGGCAUGGGAAAUUGGUGCUCAAUAGAGGCCUUGCAGAGGAAGGAGUACUGGAAGAGGCAGAAUUCUACAAUAUUACCUAUUUGAUCAAGCUAGUUAAAGACAAAAUCAGAGAGAGGGACUGCAGAACUGCGCAGCUUCCUGUAAAGCAUGUCUAUAGAGUCUUGCAGUGCCAAGAAGAAGAAUUAACACAAAUGGUUUCUACCAUGUCAGACGGCUGGAAGUUUGAACAGUUGGUCAGUAUUGGCUCCUCAUACAACUAUGGAAAUGAAGACCAGGCAGAAUUCCUGUGUGUUGUCUCCAAAGAACUGCAUAACCAAUGUUAUGGCACAAGCAGCGAGCCAAGUGAAAAGGCAAAGAUUCUUCAAGAACAAGGUUCUCGAAUGUAAAGAGACUGCAAUCCUUUUGUAAAAACAUGAUUAUUAUUUGGAUAUAAACAAAACAC